ACUUCUGAAGCACAUGUUAAUCACGUGACUCGGACUAGUUGACAAUAUGGACAUCAAAUUUAUACCAGCUGAAGAUGUCAAGCGGGUAUUGCACUUCAGUGAACUUAUACCACAAAUGGAGUCUGCACUAAAAAAAUUUUCAAGCAAAAAUGUUGAACAACCUGUCAGAUCCAUUGUUAGUGUGAAGGAAGCGAAUGGGUUUCUGGGAGUGAUGCCGGCCUACAGUUCGACAGACCAGGCACUGGCUGUGAAGCUGGUCACAUUCUACCCACAAAACACUGAUGUUCCCACUCACAAUGCCAUCAUUGCUGUGUUCAAUUCCCACAAUGGCAUUCCAGAAGUAAUAAUGGAUGGGGAAGUGAUCACAACAAUGAGAACAGCAGCUGUAUCAGCUGUAGCAACCAAGUAUCUUGCUGCUGGAGAUGCCUCGACUCUUGCUGUUCUAGGAUCUGGAGUCCAAGCCCGCUCACACAUUCACGCUCUGUCCUCCAUUAGGUCCUUUAAAAAAAUAAACAUUUGGAGUAGAACAAAGAAAAAUGCCGAAAAAUUAGCUGGGGAGGUGGGAGGAACAGCCUAUGAUAGUGUACAAGAAGCUGUAAAAGAUGCUGAUGUCAUUGUCACAGUGACAUCAUCAUCAACACCUGUACUGAUGAAGGACUGGGUAAAACCAGGGACACAUGUCAAUGCUGUUGGUGCAUGUCGUCCAGAUUGGCAAGAGAUUGACCCAGAUUUAAUGAGGUCAAGUGUCCUGUAUGUUGACAGUCGAGAGGCAGCCAUGAAAGAGAGUGGGGAUGUAAUUUUAUCCAAGGCUGACAUUUUUGCUGAGCUUGGUGAGAUGGUGCUUGGAGUGAAAGAAGCAGAAGUCCAGAAAACCACAGUGUUUAAAUCAUUGGGGCUGGCCAUUGAAGAUGUCAUGUCUGCCAAACUGGUUCAACAACUGAUGAAGAUGAACUGAGGAUUCAAGUCACUUCAGAUUGCAUAAUCAGAUGAGAUUCCUGUUGCAUCAGUAUUCAAGAUUCAUAUAACAAUAUGUAUCCAUGAAUUUAAUAAAUCAGACGUGCUGGUCAUACUUUGAGGCUUCCAGUUGAACAUGCUGAGCAGAGACGUUCACUCGUUAGUGCCUAUUAAUACAACUCAUGAUCACUUCCAUGUGCUGAUUAAUCAACAACAUUUUAAUCAUGUUAUGUGCCAUAAAAUAACCGGUUUACUGCCUAUAUAUAAUGAUUACUGAGAUGAUGUUCUGUGAUGAAUGUUUAUAAUCAAUUGUUAAAUUUUUUUUUAAAUUGCAGCAUUUGUUAUUGAUAUACUUGAUUUUAGAAUAUGUUUACAAUGAGCAAAUAAAAUGGUUGUGAAAUAAA